AUGUCGUUCCAUUGUGAGUUAUUUUUUGAGGAUGAUGUGAAAGCGAAACGCUUUUUCGAACCAAUAAUCAAAAAUCUGAAUUAUCUUCAACGAAAUGGUCUGGUGAUUAAUAAUCGAACAAUCAAGUUUUCCUUCUCGACUCUAGUAGCCGAUAACUUAGCAGCACAUCAAAUUGGAGGAUUUCAAUCAUCGUUUAGCACUGUAGCCGAUAACUUAGCAGCACAUCAAAUUGGAGGAUUUCAAUCAUCGUUUAGCACUGGUUAUGUGUGCCGGCGUUGCUUUUUAAAACACGCUGAUCUGCAUUUACCAAUGAUACAUAUUAGGCCCGAUACAAGGACCAGUACUUAUCAUGAUGAUUUAGUCCGGCGAAUCACUUCAAAUUUGAAUGGAACCUCAAUCAUGGGAGUUGUUGGAAAAAGUCUUCUGUCUGAUCUCGAUGGCUUUCAUCCAACGAUGUCCCUUCCAGCAGACCUAAUGCACGAUUAUCUUGAGGGCGUGUGUCCUCGUGUUAUAAUAAGUUUACUCAAGGAAGCAUCAGCUCUGAGACUUAUUACUUAUUUUCGAAUUCAAGAGCGCAUGGAACAAUUUGCAUAUGGUCAUUUUGAUUCACGCGAUAAACCACCACCAAUUCUCGUUAAACACCUCCAAAACGACAAGAUUGCUGCAAGUGCAUCACAGAAGUGGUGCUUGUUUAGGUUGUUCCCGCUAAUCUUUGCUGAUAUUGUCGACAAACUUCCAUCCUUCAUUGUUUAUAAACAAUUGAGAGAAAUAGUCGAUAUUGUUUUUUCUGUUCCAUUCAGAAAAGCCUGGUUGCCUACACUUCGCGAUCUAUCGUUUGCUUUCCAAUAUUCGAUGAUAAAACAUUUUCCACGACAAGUAGUGCCGAAAGUUCAUUUUUGCACAGAAUAUGAUCAAGUAAUAAAUGAUUAUGGACCGGCGAUAAAACAGUGGUCGAUGCGGUAUGAGUCGUAUCAUUAUUAUUUCAAAAAAAUUGCACUUCGAUCGAACAAUUACAAAAACACACCGAAAUCGUUAGCGACUCGUUAUCGAUUAAAACAAGCCUUUUCAAAUUUUCGAAUGACUCAGUUGAAUCAUUCUGAUCAAGCUAUUCGAAUUCAGAAAGUGAAAAACAAUCUUUUUAGUAAUGAAAUGAAAUAUGUUAUCAUCAAUCACUUUGGUAAUAUUGACAUGUCAAAGGAUUUAGUUCAAUGCCAGAAAUUCCGCCAUGAGAACGUUGAGUACUGUCGGUUUGGUAUUUACAUAAUAUCUCUGGCAAAUUUAACAGAAGCACCGGAAUUCGUUCAAGUGAUAAAUGUCAUUAAACUCACACACAAAUGGUGGCUAUUAGUCGAUGUUUUGACGACCGUUGGCUACGAUGACAAACUAUGUGCUUGGGAAAUUAGGUCGAUGGAUCAAUUUCGCAUAUUAGAUCCGUAUUCGAUGAAAUAUUAUCUCAAAGGACUGGAUGUUUAUGAGAUUGAUAAUUCAACGUUUGUUACAUUUACGGCUCGACUGACUUCGUAUUGA